AUGGCUGGACAGAUCUUGGUGAGUUGGGCCUGGAAGAAAGCGAAGGCCGAGAAGUUGAUCUCCGCCUCGGAGGUGGUGAAGAGUUGGGGUGCAGGGUAUCCCAUCUGCGGCUCGAUGCAUCUGGAAUGCAGCUGGGGCAAAGGAGGCGUCUCGAACAGUGAUCGAUGCAACCCGGACAAAGACUGGUACUGGAGAGACCACUUUGCUCAGCAAAAUGUGGCCACCUCAAUGACGGAUUUAGCCAAAGAGCGAAAACCGAGUUUCGUGAUCAACACCGCAGACAACUUUUACUAUGCAGGUGUGAAAAGCACUCAAGACAAGCUUUGGAGUAUGAUGUUUGAGGAGCUCUAUCCAGAUCAAAGCCUGCAGAUCCCGUGGUUAAGCUCCCUAGGGAAUCACGACUAUGGUGGUCAUACCUGUGACGUGUGUCUUUUCAAAGCGUCCGGCCAAGAAACACGCAGAGACAAGCCAUGUUCGCAGGCCAUGAUCGACUACGACACGGAGCAUGACUGGCAGUGGCCGAAGAACAAAGAAGUGCGCUGGGUGCUGCCCAUGAAGGGCAACGAUCGAUGGUACAUGAAGUCCUUCGUCUUUAAGAAGGCCAACGUGUCGCUGGAUGUCUUUGUGAUCGAUACCAACAAGGCGCACAUCAGCUCACAAUGCAGUUCCUCAUGCCCUGCCCGCCAAGACUGCAUCAAGUUUUUCAUGCAACUCUGGGAGAGGCAAAAAGCUUGGCUCCUACCAGCCUUAGAGCAGUCCAAAGCUGACUGGAAAUUUGUGGUGGGUCAUGCACCACCAGAAAAUUUUGAGGAAUCGCUCAUGGAGCAGAUGCGCGAUCGGGGCGUAUCGGUCUACAUGGCAGGACAUGUGCACCAGCUGCGGCACGACCAGUGUCCCUCGGGCAUCGAGGCCAUCAUCUCUGGCUCGGGCGGUGGAUAUCAGUCGGCCGGGGGUGGCUCGCCGUACACCAUCCACGAAACGCAGGACUAUGGCUUUGCAACCAUCAACGUGAAGUGGAACAAGUUGUCGGUGGAGUACUGGAACGACCAGGGAAAGAGACUGUGGGACCCCGUGGUGAUUCCGAAGGUGGAUUUGCAACAGGAGGGACUGCUGAAGAAACUGCGGGAGGCAGCUCUGAAGUCGGACCUUCAAGCCAUGAAGGAUGCCAUCGCUGCAGCAAAGAACUACGGAGUGGAGGACCGCCACGUGUACACUGCCGCGGUGGCUGGGGUGAAAGCCUUUGAAGCUGAAGGAGGCUUGGCUUGGGUCUUCAUGAGUCCAAAGAUCAUGAAGAACGAUGCAGGACGCACUUCAGGAAUUUUAGCCUCGUGGACCACGGAAGGCCUGCCCACCACUGAGACACGGCUGGUUGUGGCCAGCACUUGCUGCUCAGGUGCUACGAAGUCGCAAUACAAAGACGAGAGCGUCCUAUGUGACCCGCAGGAGACAUGUUCGCCUCAGAAGAUGGCGGAGAAUUUGGUGGAUGGAGGUGCUGCUGCCAUGUUGCUCAUGUCCAAGGAUCAAAUCCUGGUGGAUGCGAACAACAACAGCACCAAGGCCUUCGCACUGCCGGCACUGUCCAUCCCGAAAGACUUCGUGUUGCACGUGCCUUCCUGGUUGAGCAACAAGGAAGAAGUGAUUUCCAUCAGCUACACUGGUGGGGAGAAGGGCUCUCAAGAUGCCAUCGAGCAAGCCAGGAAUGCCGGGGUCCCAGAAGACAUGAUCGAAGAAGCCACGUUGGCUUCGCGGCAGAGGAGGGCCAUCGAACAUUUGAAGACUGCCAUGGAGUCGGAUGACGACCAAGAGCUUCGGAAAGCCAUCGACUUGGCAGACAAGAGUCGUGCCCAGAACGAGAUCGUUGAACUGGCCAAAAGGCGGCUGACCUUGAAGGAACUGGAGGUUGGCCUGGCCAAUGUGAACAAGAAUUGUGACGACUUUUUGCGGGUCCACGACAUGAUCGAACGCGCUGACGCGAUGCAUCUGUCAAAUACCACUGCUGCACAGGAGUGUCGCCUGUCCCUGGCAUUGGAAGCUUUGCAGUAUGCACUCAAUGAAGGUGCCAAUUGCAAGGAACCCAUGGAGAAGGCUGUGGCCUGGUGCAAGUUGGCGGACGCCUUGGAGCAGAAGAUUCUGGCGGCCGAGGAAUUCUGCAAGAAGCAGGUGGGUGAACAGGGCAUGAACAGCGUGAUCAUUUGGUUGGUGGUUUUCCUGAUCCUCGCAAUAGGCGUUGGUGGCUUCUGGUGGCUGCAAAAUCGGAAGUCCAUGCAGGCCUCCUCCGCCACCACCGGUCGCCCCGACGGCGCUGGCAUCGAGCUGCUGGACGCCAGCUGA